GUCUGAAGCUAGCACACUCGACCGUGUGGUGUUUCGCGCCAGUGAUACCACAUUAUUACAGUUUUUCUUCACUCUUUGAAAAAAUAUAGCUAGUUUGGACAAUGUAACUGCUAAAAACACCGACAGAAGUGGAAAUAAUUUAGUUAUACUAAAUGAGUUACAUUAAAAGCUGCCGCAAAACUUUCUAGUCCUAACAUGGCAUCAUCAUAGGAUGGACCAAUUGUCAAAUUUAACUACAGCUCUGUUUCUCUUAGCCUGGUCUUUUUUUGUUUUGUUUUACGGCUUCACCCACUUGUCGAAUAAUGAAGUUCCGCUGGUCAGAUCAGUUAUUUACAAAAACAGCGAACCAAAAGCACCGAAUACGUCAAAGAGCGACAUGCACCGAGCUACCUGGCGCACAUCCGGAUUUACCACAGACCGCGAAUGCACCGUUGACCCGGAGAGUCGGUUUGACUGUGGCCGGGAUAGGGUGCUGAGUCAGGGGGAAUGUGAGGACAGAGGGUGCUGCUUCUCCCCUCUGCCCUCCCCUGUUGGACCCCCUUGGUGCUUCUACCCCCGCUGGUACCCUGGAUAUAAAAUGGGCCCCUUUUCUCCCAGCAGACGUGGUGAAAGUGCAACCCUGACAAGAACCAAACCCUCAUAUCUUACUGAGGAAAUCCCCACCCUGACACUUGAGGUGAUGGAGGAGUCUGCAGAAUGCUUACACCUCACUAUAAAGGACCCCUCCACUCAACGGUAUGAAGUUCCACUUCCAGAAGGAGUGUCUCAUACCAAAGCUGAUGCUCAGGACGUCCUCUAUACCACCGAGUUCCAGGAAGAACCAUUUGGCUUCAUAGUGCGGCGAGCAACUAAUGGAAGAGUGAUUAUGAACACCACAGUCGCUCCUUUGCUGUUUGCUGACCAGUACCUGCAGAUGUCCACCACAUUGGCCUCUUCAUUUGUGUCUGGCCUUGGGGAACAUUACACCUCUCUGGUCCUGGACUUGAACUGGACGUCUCUGACUCUCUGGAACAGAGACAUGGCACCUCAUGCAGAUGCUAACUUGUAUGGCUCCCAUCCGUUUUACCUGGUGCAGGAGGAGUGUGGUUUAGCUCAUGGAGUUUUUCUUUUGAACAGCAAUGCAAUUGAAGUGAUCCUCCAGCCAACUCCAGCUCUCACUUGGAUAUCCACCGGUGGAAUCCUGGAUCUGUACGUCUUCAUGGGUCCUGACCCCCAAAGUGUUAUAAGACAGUACCUCCAGGUUAUCGGAUACCCCAUGAUGCCGCCCUAUUGGUCUCUUGGCUUCCAUCUCUGUCGAUGGGGUUACACCACCUCUAAUGCUACGCGGAGUGUUGCACAGCAAAUGCAUAGUGCCAAUUUUCCUAUGGAUGUGCAGUGGAAUGAUCUGGAUUAUGCACACCAACAAAAGGUCUUCACCUUUGACCCCAGGCGAUUUGGAGACUUGCCAAAAAUGGUGGAGGAGUUUCAUGACAGAGGGAUGAAGUACAUCCUCAUACUGGACCCAGGGAUCAGCAGCACCAGCCCCCCUGGCACUUACCCUCCCUUUGAAGACGGGGUAAAACGAGAUGUCUUUAUUAAAAAUGCAACAGGACAAAUUCUGAUUGGAAAGGUUUGGCCAGGCCCCACUGCUUUUCCUGACUUCACCAACAUGGAAACCCGAAAAUGGUGGGAGGACUGCAUUAGAGGCUUUUAUUCUGAAGUGCCUGUUGAUGGUCUGUGGAUUGAUAUGAAUGAACCUGCCAGUUUUGUUCAAGGUUCAGUGGAGGGCUGUCCCGACAACGACCUCGAGAGACCUCCUUACACACCCAGAGUGGUUGGAGGUCAGCUGAACUCGGGAACUCUCUGCAUGUCAGCUCAGCAGAAGCUGUCCACACACUACAACCUGCACAAUCUCUAUGGACUGACUGAAGCUUAUGCAACACACAGUGCUCUCAAGAACAUUCGGAGGAAGAGACCCUUUGUCCUGUCGCGCUCCUCCUUCCCCGGCAGCGGACGAUUCUCUGCUGUGUGGACGGGAGAUGUUAGAAGUGACUGGGAGCAGCUUGGAUUCUCCAUCCCUGCCGUGCUGCAGUUCAGCCUGUUCGGAGUGCCUCUGGUGGGAGCGGACAUCUGUGGCUUUGGAGGGGACACCACAGAGGAGUUGUGCGUGAGAUGGAUGCAGCUCGGAGCCUUCUACCCAUUCAUGAGAAACCACAAUGACAAACCUAAUGCUCCUCAGGAGCCGUUUGUAUUUGGGCAGGAGGCUCAGGCAGCUAUGAGAAGCGCCAUGAACCUUCGCUACUCUCUUCUCCCCUUCCUCUACACGCUCUUCCACCACGCUCACUCCUCAGCCACUACAGUUGCCCGGCCUCUCUUCAUGGAGUUUCCCACUGACCCCAACUGUAAAAGCAUAGACCAACAAUUCCUGUGGGGAGGUUCGCUGCUUAUCAGCCCAGUUUUGAAGCAAGGAGCAGUAAAAGUCGCAGCCUACCUGCCACUCGGCACUUGGUACAGCUUGCACAAUGGUCAGCCCUUCUACAGUGAGGGUCAGUUCUUUCUCUUGCCGGCCCCACUGGACACAAUCAACGUUCAUAUGAGGGAGGGACACAUUAUACCCCAACAGGAGCCUGCUUUGACGACUGCAGCCUCUCACCGAAAGCCUUUCUUCCUGACAGCUGCUCUGUCAGCAGACGGCUCCGCUCGCGGUGACUUGUUCUGGGAUGACGGGGAGAGUCUUGACACUUUUGAAAUGCAAAAUUACAGUUAUAUCAUCUUCACAGCAGCACAGUUCCAGAUUGUUAGUGAACCCCUAAAGCUGAAUGGGGCCCUAGACAGUCUGGUGCUGGGGGGUGUGCAAGUGUUCGGAGUCGACUCACCACCUCUUUAUGUUUUGGCAAACGGAGAAAAAGUCCAUGAUUUUGUAUAUCAAGCUAACACUAAAGUUUUGACAGUGACCAGGCUGGCCUUGCCCAUGUCAAAGCCCUUCACAAUCCAAUGGGGUCCCUGAUGCACUACAUUCCAUUACCCAGAGGCCUUUAGGAGCCUUUGACUCCAGCUCUGCUGCUGAAAAGAUUUACUGCAUUUCCCUGCAGUGACACCUACAGAUUUUAUGGAGACACUACAAUCAUAAGAGAUUCUUUUUUUUUUACUUUCUUUUUUUUUUUUAAUGCUACUUCAUUUUCUCAUGGGAUGUCAUGAAAAUGUAGGUUUUUCCCCAAACACCACUGUGCAAGAAGUGUGUCAAAGUCUGAACAGGUGAUACCAAUCUGCUGGGUUUCUUUGGAAAUGUUGUCAUUUUUACUUUUUAAAAAGCUAGAAACAAGAUAAGUGUUAAAAAAGUCACUGUCAUUGUGGUUUCUCAUGAAUGGAUAGAGUAUCAAGAAAUAAUUCAAUCUUAUAUCAGUUAUGUAAGUAUAGCACAUAAAAUGAAAUAUUGUAAGCCUUGAUUUCUUGUUAUUUUGAUAAUAAAAAAAAAAAUAA